AUGAACUUUUCUCGGAAAAGUUUAUGUUCAGCACAAGUCCGACAUCGUUAUGUACCACCAUAUGAACGAUUAUUACGAAGAAAUCAGGCAUGGAAGUCAAAGAAGGUGAAGCUGGAAGAGGAAUUACAGGAAGCAUGUCGGCAAGGUACUUUAAUACCAUUUCAACAACCAAAAAAUUAUCAAUGUUAUUAUAUACAUGAACGAACCGAUAUGUUAAUAAUCGAUGAAUUAAUUGAUCAAGCAAAAAUUACCAAACAUUAUUCAAUAGACACCGAAGAUGAUGCACUCACACAUAAACCAGCAACACUACAGGUGGAAUAUAUUCAUCAUGAUUUAUCAUCAAUAAUAAUUAUUAUUGAAGUGCAAUAUUUACCAUCACUCACAAGUCCAUUAUUUAAAAAAAUACAACAGUUAUGUACCAUCAUAUUUACAUCGAACAAUUACAUUUACUCAUGGGGUUCAGCAUUACAAGAACUUAGUAAAUUUCAACCGUUUCAAUUAUUUAAUACCAAUAUUACAAUCACCGAAAAAGAUAUACAAUAUUUAUAUGAUCGCCAUGAAAAACAAUUAUUACAAAUGACUAUUAAAUAUGAAUUUCAAGAAUAUUUAAACAAAAUAGCAACAUUAGCUGAAUGGGCAUGUGGUGUUGAUUUAAUGCUGGGUACUUAUUUACCCUUAGAUAUAAUUGGUCGUGAACGUACAUAUCGUUUACAUGAAGAGAAGAAAUAUCGAUCAAUAUUACAAGAAUAUGCAAUUAAUGAUGUAUUUGCAGUUACAAAAUUAGCAUAUAAAAUGAAUUUAAUUAAAUUUACAACAUUACCAUCAACAAUUCAAUAUGAAGAAAUAUCCGAUGAUGAAGAUGAAUUACAAAUGCAAUCAGAAUUAUCAAUCAAUAUCGAACCACAAUAUGAAGAACUAAUAGUUCAUGUUACAGAUGAACUAGAAGAAAAUGAAUUAUUUCAACAACAAGAAGAUAUCGAAGUUUUUCAACCAAAUCAACAGAUAAGUAUAAUUAAUCCAAUGAAAAAUUUCCAUCAUAUUUUAGGAAUUGAUGAAAAUUAUCCGGCCAAUGAACAUUUUGAAUUACAUUAUCAUAAUGCGUCAUCUAUGCCACAAAAUAUCCUGAAUAUCGAACGCGACAAUGAUAUGGACUUGCAAUCGUUAACUGAAAUUAUGAAACUUCAUUAUUCACAUGAACCUGGCCAUUUAUCAAUGCCACAACAUCAAACACAACAAUUAUCAUCUCGUACGGUGACCGUUCAUGUAAUAGAUGAACCUCAGGUAAGCAAUUUAAAUCAUUUAGGUUCAACAACAGAAACAACAUCGACAUUAACACUCAAACAAAUCCGCAAUCGAAAAAUCAAUCGGCGACAUCGCGCAAAUCGAUACUGUUAUGAAGUUAUCCGACACGUUUACAAGCAUUUCAACAUUAGAAAAAUCAAGAGAAUAUUAAAAUCCAUGGACAUUUAUUAUGUUAACAUUAAUAUGGUUCGACAUACAUUAUUUAUCGGCCUAAAGAAUCAAAAAUUAGUCAAUGAAGUGGAAAAAUUAUUACACGAUCGACUCUUUACCGAACGACAGUAUCAUCGAUUAUAUCGGUAAGAAAAAACUAUUUCGUCUCAUUUGUGUGUGUGUGUUGAACACGCGUUGUUAUUAUUUUGUUUUGUUUUUGUGUGCGGACACACAUUUUUUGUUUUGGGGGGUCGACUGUUAGCGGCUAGCCCUUGUUAUGUUUUUCUUUCUUUUCUUUGAUCUGAACUAUCUCAGGUCAUUCUUUAUUUUGCCCUUAUAUUUCUAUUUUUUUCUAUACCCUCGAUAUCUAUAUAUAUAUAAAUAUAUAUAUCGAUGGUUUUUUCUCUCUUCUAGUUAGUUAGAUGUGUGUGCGCGUAUGUAUGAUUUAGUGUUUGUUUUCUAUUUGAAAUAAACAAANGUUAGUUAGGUGUGUGUGCGCGUAUGUAUCAUUUAGUGUUUGUUUCUAUUUGAAAAAAACAAAAGAAAUCGAACAUAAAGCUCUUUUUUCUCCCUACCCGCUAAUACUAGGUCAAUUCGUCGCGAGACAAUUCGUCGCGGACAAUUCGUUGCAGACAAUUCGUCGCACAGACAAUUCGUCGUCGGACAAUUCGUCGCGUGGAUAAUUCGUCGCAAGACAAUUGGUCGCAAUGUAACUUAAUGAAAAUGAAUAUGACGUGUUGCUUGAUGUAAUUGAAUCAAGUAGACUAUGUUCAAUUAAUUGAAUAAGCC